UUAAUUUGGGCUUUUUAGCCCACAUGUUGGAUCCAAAGUUGUUGAAGAUAUACGACGUCGUUUCUUCCAGGCACUUCAACUAUAAGCUGAGCGCUGAAGUUGUAACCCUAGUGGGUUAUCCUCUUUUGCACCCAGGGGAGACUGCAAAUUCUCCUGGAAAGCAUAGUUGGAGCUGUUUGGUAGGUGAGAAACUUCGCUGAAGGUAUCUCAAAGCUGCUUAAUUCUUGUUCUUACGGUGAACUUCGAUUUACAGUUGUUUGAGCUGUUUUUUUAGCUUUUUUUUUGUUGAUUUCUUGGUGUUUGGAUAUGAUUUCAGCAUACAGAAUAUAGUUACUAGCAUUUUCUGCUUUAGCGUUAGCAUCCAUAUCUAUCUGGUUGAGGAGAGAAUGAUCUAGUGUUAGUAUUUUGGCUACUCCAAGAAUACAAAUGUAGGUUUUCUUGUUUAAGCAUCAAUUUUUUUUUUUUUGUUUUUUUUUGUUUUGUCUCAAUUUCUUUUACUUUCUGUGGUGGUUAUGAAAUAAUGAGGAAUGAAAUAACCAAGUUAACCUGGAAUAUAGUAUUCAUGUAGUGAAUUCAAUUGGUUGAGUGGAAGUUGUGCCUUUCACAGGUUCUGGAAGAUUGAAUACUGCAAACUUCUGGUUCUAAGAAGGGCAAGGACAAGAGGGUAGUGCGAGCACUGGUGGUGGAAUAUCUAAUUCUCUCUCUGCUUCCGCACCAGCUAAUAAUUAUUCAGUUUUGAUUUCUUGAUAGAUUGUUAUUCCUUCUCAACUUGGGAAGGAAUAUUUAGGCCUAAAAUUAUGCAGGAAUCAGUUCAAGUUGAUGAACUUUUACCAUCCAAUUUGUUCAAUUUUGUGGAAUUUUAAAUCAAGUUAUAUUUAGUGUGGUUGAUCUACUAAUUUGAACUCAUCAUGUGGUCUGGGUCAAGUACUCUUGUUCAGAUUGAGAGUUGUCACUUGAUGGAAAGAUCUAUUUUGCCAUGUUAAUAUGUCACGGUUGUCUAACCUCAUGGCCUAAGUGUUUUCCACACUAUGAGGGUACUGUGACACAUUGCACAAAAGGAUCUUUUUACAUGAUGGGUCUCAUUUAGUAGACCAGGUGUGCUUAAAUUUGCUUUAU